AUGUCCGUGGCUGCAGAGAGCGGCCACUUGCGCAUACUUCAGUGUCUCCUCAAAGCAGGUGCCGACAAGAACAAGGCGGAUAACUUGGGCAGAUCGCCCUUGUGGUUUGCAGCAGCCACAGACCACAAGAGCUGCGUACUGGCACUGCUCAAAGCCGGAGCAAACAAGGAUCAGAUGAAUCGCGACGGCAAGACUCCUUUGCUCGUGGCCACGGCCUGCGCCUCGCCGGCGGUGGUGCGAUGCCUGGUGCAGCACGGCGCCGACGUGGAGAUGCCGGACAACUUUGGCCGAACGCCAGCCGAAGAAUUGGAGAUGAAGGGCUCAAUGCUCCUCGCAGAGGAGAAGAGGCAAAUGCGGCGUGCGCUGAAAGGAGAAGCUCCAGAAAGGUGUGCAGAAGCGGCCGAGCUCAUCACAGAAGCGGCCAGCUGCGAAAUCAGGGAAGAGAAGAACGUCAGCCUUUGUGGCCACCCCCACCCCUGCCACGCCGCCGCAAAUGAGCCACCAAGCUGCUUCUACGACGGCGCCAAGUGCCACAUCGGCCUGGUCGCUCGUGGAGAGGCGCUUUACGAGCGGCAGAGGAAUGCCUACGCCGAUCUUGCCUACCUCAAUGAUGUCGGCUACUUGCCGGAUGGCACACCCAUGCACAAGGCGGGCAACGCCAUCAACCAUCCGGAGAGGGUGGGUGCAGACCCACAUGUGGAUGGUUCUGAGCUUCCUCGGGGUCACUUCCUGAACUCGGUUGGCUACCUGCCGGACGGCACACCCCUGAAUGCUGCAGGCAAUGCCAUCAACCACCCGGAGAGGAUGCAACCAGACCCGCACAAGAAUGGUUCACCGCUCCCUGCCUCGACCUACGCCGCGGACGUGGGGUACUUGGUGGACGGUAGCGCCAGUUCCGGCGGCAAGCAUGCCUUCAAUGCCAAGCUCACCUGCUACUAUGACAACCGCUCAAGGCAAGCAUGGAGCCCAUGGAAUUCAAUAUCCCUACAGCAACCAGAAGGACGCGUAUGCGACUUGGAGUACACCAAUGAUGUGGGCUACUUGCCGGACGGAACUCCAAUGAACAGGGCAGGCAAUGCCAUCAACCACCCUGAGAGCAUCCAGCCAGAUCUGCACAAUCCGGGAGCUCCGUUGCCAAGAGCGCUGUUUGCGAACUCGGUUGGCUACCUGCCGGACGGAACGCCCCUGAACGCUGCAGGCAAUGCCAUCAACCACCCGGAGAGGAUGCAGCCAGACCUGCACAACCCGGGUUCUCCGCUGCCCACUUCGGUCUACGCAGCGGAUGUGGGCUACUUGGUGGACGGCACACCCCUCAAUGCAGCGGGCAACAACUCCUUGAAGGGUGGGGCGGCAACACAGGCAGCCCCGGUGCCGGCGGCAAGCAUGCCUUCAACGCCAAGCUCACCUGCUACUAUGACAGCCGCUCAAGGCAAGCAUGGAGCCCAUGGAGUUCAAUAUCCCUACAGCAACCAGAAGGACGUGUAUGCCGACUUGGAGUACACCAAUGAUGUGGGCUACUUGCCGGACGGAACUCCAAUGAACAGGGCAGGCAAUGCCAUCAACCACCCUGAGAGCAUCCAGCCAGAUCUGCACAAUCCGGGAGCUCCGUUGCCAAGAGCGCUGUUUGCGAACUCGGUCGGCUACCUGCCGGACGGAACGCCCCUGAACGCUGCAGGCAAUGCCAUCAACCACCCGGAGAGGAUGCAGCCAGACCUGCACAACCCGGGUUCUCCGCUGCCCACUUCGGUCUACGCAGCGGAUGUGGGCUACUUGGUGGACGGCACACCCCUCAAUGCAGCGGGCAACAACUCCUUGAAGGGUGGGGCGGCAACACAGGCAGCACCUCCGGCAAGCUCUUCGAUGUCCUCGGCCACUGCUUCAGCACCACAGGCCUUGGCUGCUGCGGCGUUUGUGGGAUUUGCUUCGCAAGUCAGGCGCAGCGGGGGCUUUGAGUAUUCGCUCCAGAAGGAUUCCUUUGCUGACCUGCACUACGUGAACGACGUGGGAUACCUGCCUGAUGGCACGCCUUUGAACAAAGCUGGCAACGCUCUGAACCAUCCUGAGAACGUGCAGCCUGACCGUCACACGCCGGGUUCGCCCUUGCCGCGCGCCAACUUUGCCAACGAGGUGGGCUACUUGCCAGAUGGCACUCCCAUGAACCGAGCCGGGAAUGCCAUCAAUCACCCCGAGAACAUUCAGCCAGACCCGCACACACCGGGCUCCCCUUUGCCUGCGUCUGCAUACGCGGCUGACGUUGGCUACUUGGUGGAUGGCACCCCAUGA